GUUUGUAACCACAAUUGGUUAGUUUGAACGAAAGAAAGCUCAAUAGAUAUUCGACUGUUUAAUUGUUAUUUCAAAUCCAAUCAAAAUGCAGCUUCUAAGAACACAUAAUUAUCCAAAGUCAACAAAGAUCAUAUUUACAGCAUUGAUAGCGGUCUCAUUAAUAAUCUUCGUAAUAAAGAUGUUCAAGCUUCGUCAGGGCUUAACGUAUGAGGUUCCACAAGCAGAUGGAACUGUGCAGACAGUUCCAGUUGCAUUUCACGAUAUUCAAGUUCCUUAUAUUCAAUUAAUACCACGUUAUGUGAUUUUUUACCCAUGGGUUCUUAUUACAUCGAUUUUUGCAGAGAUCAGCAUCUUGUCAUUGAUUAUUUCCUCUGUGGUAUCAAUCUCUGCCACCAAGUAUAUGGAUAAGUUUUGGGGGUAUAAAGAAGUUGUCAAAUUUAUUCUAAUUGUUGGUCUGAUCACCAAUUUGAUUACCGUUUUAAUAACAAUCAUAUGUAAUGUGAUGAGAAGUGACGUUAAAGGGAUGGAUAAACCUUUAGGUGGAGGAAUCUCAUAUUACUUUGCAUUCUUAGUUGUCUUGAAGCAAUGGAUUCCAGAACAUAACAUUGUUCUUUUCCAAGGUUUAAUCAAUUUCAGGGUUAAACAUUUACCAUUUGCUUUAUUGAAUAUUAUAAUCGUAUGGUCAAUUUUAAUCAGCAGGUCUUUAUACCCAGCAGUCCCUUCAAUCAGCAGCUUCAUAAUAUCUUACAACUACUUAAGAUUCCACCAAUCAUUCGCUAGUGAUCCAAUCUUACCAAUUACCACUGCUAGUGGAAGCUCAGACCAAGACUCUUUGGUCAAAGGAGAUGCUUCCGAUACUUUCCAGCUAGUAGAGUUUUUCCCUGCCAUUUUAAAACCUUAUCUUAGUGCUGUAUUCAAUCAAAUCUACGAGUUAAGCGUAUUGAUUGGCAUAGUCACUCCAUUCAAUGAUGACAACAUCGAACAAAGUAACAUCAGAGCUCAAAAACGUUUUGAACAGGUGAACCAAACUCAGAAAAGUGUGGCCAACUCUGUUGCUGAAAGAAGAAGACAAGUUGCCUUACAAGUCAUUGAAGAUCGUAUCAAUAAAGAAUCUAGAGCUAAUUGAUUCAUUAUCAUCCUCUUACUUACUGUCUACUGACGUUCAAUAUACUUUUUUUUAGUCCAAAAACAGUAUCAACACUCAUGUAGGCCACUUAACCCAGAAACCAUCCUAGACAGU